CGUGCGGCAACAACGUAAACAAUCUCAAAUAAUUAGCUAAAAAAUACUUUUCCUUUACUUUUUCCAAUUGAAAAUGGCAUCAUUAAACAAGCAAUCCCCAUGAAAGAUGUCUCUUUCAGCCAAUGAGAGGAAACAUGUCUGGCAGGACCACAGUGACUCGUUGACUCGAAUUAAAACCCAACUGAGUGACCACCAGUCCCCUACUAAAGUCAGAUCUCCUAUCCGCAGCCCUGCCGGUAGACAGGAGCAUGCCCCAUAUGGCAAAUACAGACAGUCCACUCCACCUUAUUUACCCAGGUUGGAGACCCCUCCAGAUGAAAGGCGGAAAGCUUCCAACUUGCGAGGCAACCGAUAUGAAAUAGUCCCUCCUCUUCGAGAGUCAAAAAGACAGCAAGAUUCAAGAAGCACAGACUAUGACAGUUGGGGCGAGGAAAGUGAUGAGGAACCAGACGCAGACCCUGGGGCCUAUAUGCCCCAACCAUUCCAAUAUGGCCCACCCCCAGUUGUAUGGGGGGCCCCCUUUCCCAUGUUCUACCCUCCCCCACCCCCUCCAGCACAUCAACCAGGGGGUAAGCGGAGAAGAGGGAAUGAAAAUGACGACCCUCGUGGUAGGAAUGAUAGAUACAAAAGUAACUCAUAUGGUGCAUCUAGACAACCAAAGUCGGACAGAUAUGAAGAUGUGAGCCGGUCUGUGCCAUCCAAAGCAAAGAAAAAAUCAAAACCAAACAGGGUGCAUUUUAGUCAGCCCACCCCUGCUCCCAAUGGUUACUAUGGCUAUCCAAUGCCAGGUUAUAUGCCAUAUCCGUAUUAUCCACAACCUGGGGAAGAUCCAUAUGGCAGACAGAAAGAUACCAAGUAUAAAUAUAUCCAGCCCCGUGACACGCCCAACUCACAGAAUGACACACACGGAGAUAUGAUGAGCCGGUUCCGGGAUCAGCCUGACCGUGUGUUAGAAUAUUACAUGAAAGACCACCCGUUGUUCUCUGAAAACUUUGUAAACUGGUUUGUUAACCGAUGUCUUGAUGAUAUUAUUCCGGACGUUCUUAUGGAUGCCUUGAAUGAGAUUGGACAAGGGCCUGGUGCAGUUGAGAACUUGGCACUACGUAUUCGUGAUGAUAUUAUGGGAGAUGAGUUGCCGGGGCAAAUGCAUGACAUCGUCCGGGCAACGCUAAAUGAGAUGGUUGAUGAACAUCCGCGGUAUGCCAAAAAGAUAAGGCAUAUGCUGUAUUCCCAAUCAGGAGAUCCUCUGGAGAGUUUUCUUACCCGUCUUCUUAAUGAUGCUGUGCACGAGGCGGCGGGCGAUAUCGUCAAGGAAACAGUUCGAGAGAUGGCAAGGGAUUACGUCGAUGACAAACAUUUUGCCAUUGUCUAUGAUGAUUUAUUGGAUGAUUAUUUGGAUGAAGUUGGGACAAGUAUUGUGCAAGAUACAAUGUAUGAAAUCAUGUACGAGGACUUCAUCCGUGAUGAGGUAAUAGAGGCGGAGUUAGAGGAACUUCUGCCAGAGAUUGCUGCUGAGGUGCUUACACACUAUGACACCAAGGUCAUGAGGCGAGAACUCAAAGAGGUAUCUAGUCACGCUGGAGACAAACUGAUAGAGUCUAUAAUGUUGGACUAUAUCAUGCAACUGGUUGCUAGACAGGGAAAAGUCUGGACAGAGAGUGAUCAUGCUAGCAAAUACAUGGAUGACAUUGUCAGCACCAUUUUACUGGAAAAACUGUUUGGCACAAUUGUCAAUCGCCGAAAAACUAUCAACAACAAACCUAUUCGGAAGAUUCACCAGAAAGUUGUCACAGAUGUGGCUCUUGAUGUUUGUCUCCAGCAGCUGACGUCGUCUCUGGAUGAGGAUUUACUGGACGUAGAUGAGUACGAACGUGGAGUGAUGGAACCCUACGUGCUACACAAUACACCCAUGGGAAGGAUUUUGACCUCCUGAUGGG